UCCUGAACCGCAGCUGUGCAAACGGCACAUUCGCAAACGCAUUUCCCGGCCGCCCGGCCCCGCGGGAGCCCCAGCGCCGGAGCCGCAGCCCGCUCGCCCCGGGCCGGCGUCACCCCGCCCGCUGUGACGCCCCCGGCCCUCCCGCUGUGACGCCCCGAGCUGACGCUUUUAAGCCGCCCCCUGCAGCCGCCGGCUCUCAGUGCUGUCGCCGCCGCAGCGGGACCGGCAGUGCGUGUGUGGCUCGGAGCGUCGGGAGCUGCGACCCAGCUCGGGACUCGCCUCUUCUCGGCUCUUCUCGCCUUCGCAACGCCCUCUAACGUUGCUCUCCCGGGACUCGGUUCUGGGCUUCUCUUGCCCUCUCCGCGCCCACUCCCCUUGGUCUCCGGGGCUCGUCAGAGUCCGCCGGGCGACUCCUGCGGCUGCUCAUCAAGGAGCGGGCCGUGCCCUCGUCUCCCCCGCACCAGGCAGAGCUCCAUGGCACUGCUCAGGAGGGUGCGGGAGCGGCCGCCGUCUGACGGCGCUUCCGCGCCCGGCACCGCCGGGGCCUCGGAGCUCCGGGAGAAGCGCCGGGGCGGGCUGCACGGCGCGGCCGCCCGUGGCGACCUGGCCUGGCUGCAGCAGCGCUGGUGGCGGAAGAGAUUCUCCAUCAACUCGCGGGAUGCCAACAAGCAGUAAGAGGCGGGCAGUGCCCAUAGCGAAGACACACGUGCUCUGGCUGGAAGAGCCGGCGAAGCCCCACACGAUCGCAAGCACCCUAGGGACAGGCCGGCUCCACAGCGCUGCCCUUAGCGGAGGCCCGCCCCAGCUGGGACAGGAGCCAGCGCAUGCGCUCUGGCACCAGAAACCUUGCUUUCGGCUGCUUUUUUGGCAGUUGAGCCUUGUGCCCCUAGGUGGUUGGCACCACAGCCUGAAACGAUGUCUUCAGCCGUCUUGUCUCUGCUAACUGGAUGUAUUUAAUUUCUAGGACGCCUCUGCAUCUUGCUUGUGCAAACGGCCAUGCAGAUGUCGUUCGCUUUCUGGCAGGAAAGCGGUGCCAGCUCAACCCUCAUGGCAUGUUUGAGAAAACACCACUGAUGCUGGUACGUGGAAUAUGUUACGCUGUCGUACGUGGGGCUUGUCGAUUGUGCACCGAGCCAUGCCUGGCUUGCGUGAUUCUUUACGUAGGCCUGCAUAGAAGCAGGUAUGUUGCAGUCAGUGGGGAAGGGGCAUAUGUUGCCUAAUGUUUGAAGGCGCUCGUACUUUCCCGUGUUGGGAAGAUGCAGGAGCUCUGACAGAGAGAAAGGUACGUGUUGGAAGUUACUCCUCCUUUGUGGCUUGUUUCCAGGCAGUAGAGCACGAGCACAAAGACUGCGUGACUGCUCUGCUGGAGCACGGUGCCGACCCUGACCACAGAGGUGCUGGCGGCAACACUGCCCUUCACAUGGCUGCCAUCAUGCCCAGCAAAGCGAUGGUGGAGCUCUUACUCGAGCAUAAUGCCCAGAUUGAGGCUAAGAAUGUGGCAAGCUUGAGCUUCGGGUAAGGCUUCUCUUCCCCAGCCUUUCCUGUGUUCUUCUAAGGGAGACGAUUUCUCCUUUCAGUUGGGAUACACUCCUCUUGCCGUUGCCAUCCUCCAACGCCACGAAGAGAUGGUUGAGUUCCUCAUUCAAAAAGGAGCUGAUGUGCACACUCGAGAUCUGCAUGACAGGACCACUCUUGUGAUUGCCGCUUAUGCUGGGAAUGUGAAUGUACUACGGCUUCUUCUUCAGCAUGGUGUUGAUCUUUUUCAUCGAAACAAGCAUGGCUUUGACGAUUUGGGUAAUCGCCGUCAGUUUAAGCCUGAAGUUAUAAAGACACUGGAGGAAUAUGAAAACUGUAAAAGAACAGGAGAACGCUCUGUAGGAGGCACAGGAGGUCCAGCAGUACCUGAGAUCUCUUGCUCUGGGACGACUGCUGCCCCUCCCAUGGGAGCACCUGUGCAGACUGGAGCAGGUGUCUUGCCAGAAGCUGGAGCACAGCAAGAGGAGGAAUGUGACUCCGUGUCUGAUUUAGACCUAACUUCUCUGAAGGUGGGGCCCAACUGGGCUUGCUUACUUUUGAGCUCUUUUCCUUCUGCUUCUGACACAGGCUUGGAAUGCCAGUAUCUCUUCGGUCAAAACAGACCCUUAAGAUCAUCGAGUCCAGCUGCACAGCUGGCACUGCCAAGUCCAGAACUGAACCAUGUCCCUUAGCAAUACAUCUACACAUCCCCUGAAUACCUCCAGGAAUGGAGACGGGUCCAGAAGGAGUUUGUGCCAGUUCUAACGCAUGUCUUAAUUCACACAGACUGAUUCUGAAGGUCCAGAGGAAGUGUCCGCUGUCAUGCUGCCUCAUGGUGCAAACCAACAA